AUGUCCACUUUCCAUGAUGACGGCCUCUCCGUCAUCUACUCUGAUCGCACUGGUUCCCCAGAUCUGCGGCUGAUCCACUAUAACGAUGUCUAUCACAUCGAGCCAGGAUCUGCCGAGCCUGUUGGCGGAGCUUCUCGUUUCCAGUCUCUUAUCAACUACUAUCGCACCGAUCCGCGGUUCGCCGGCCAGCCUGACAUCUUGACCUUCUUCUCCGGCGAUGCCUUUAACCCAAGCCUCGAGAGUACAAUAACCAAGGGCCGGCAUAUGGUCCCGUUUUUGAAUAAGGUCAAAACCGAUGUGGCGUGUGUGGGUAAUCAUGAUCUCGACUUUGGAGUUGCCCAAUUUCGCCAUCUCUCCAGCCAAUGUCGUUUCCCAUGGCUGCUUGCGAAUGUUCUCGACCCAGCUCUUGGAGAGGACGUUCCCAUUGCCGACUGUGGCAAGACGUGCAUGUUGACUUCGUCAAAUGGAAUCAAGGUCGGUGUAAUUGGCCUGGGGGAGCGAGAAUGGCUCGGCACUAUCAAUGCCCUUCCGCCUGAUCUCAUCUACAAAUCCGCGUCUCAAACCGUCCAGGCACUUGUGCCAUCGCUUCGUAAACAGGGAGCCAAACUCAUCAUCGCAGUGACUCACCAACGCGAACCGAAUGAUCAAAAAUUGGCCAAAAAUCUACCUUCCGGUCUGGUGGACAUCAUCCUCGGUGGCCAUGAUCACUUUUACGCCCACGCUGUCGUCAACGGUACUCACGUGCUUCGAUCUGGCACCGACUUCAAGCAGUUGAGCUAUAUCGAGUUCUUUCGUAAACCCGAUGGCGCAUCCGGCUGGGAUGUUAACAUCAUCCGGCGAGAUGUCGUCCGCUCGAUCCCAGAGGAUCCUGCCACGGUGAAUCUAGUGGCUAAACUCACGUCUAGUCUCCAAGCGAAGUUAGAGAAGCCUGUAGGAUACACGGUCAGCCCGCUGGACGGCCGUUUCUCGACUGUGCGGCAGUGUGAGUCGAAUUUGGGUAACUUUGUCUGUGAUUUGAUGCGUUUCUACUACGCCGCGGACUGUGCAAUGAUGGCCGGGGGCACUAUUCGUGGAGAUCAAAUCUACCCACCAGGCAUACUGCGAUUGAAGGACCUGUUAAACUGCUUUCCCUUCGAGGAUCCCGUCGUUUUAGUGCGCCUGCAAGGUCAUGCGUUGCUAGAAGCUCUUGAAAAUGGGGUCUCACAGCUCCCGGCGCUCGAAGGUCGGUUCACACAAGUUUCCAACAUCGCUUUUGGUUACAAACUUUCCGCACCGGCGGGCUCGCGUAUUACGUUUGCCCGUGUUGGAGGGAAGCCCAUUGAUCUGCAGCGAGACUACGUCCUAGCCACGCGCGGUUAUAUGGCGCGAGGGAAAGAUGGAUUUGCCUCCCUACUGGUCCAGUCCGAGGGAGGUAAGGUGGAGGAGAUCGUGUGCGAGGAAAACGGAGUGUUGAUCAGUACGAUUCUGCGACAGUAUUUCCUAAGCCUGAAGGUGAUGGGGAAGUGGCAACGUUGGAGCCCGAGUCUCAAACGACACUGGGGCUCCGUGCACCAUAACCUCCACGGCAAGGGAUGGCUGAAGCCGCCAUCUGCUACCUCAUCCCCUAUAUCGGAAAAGACACCAGGACGACGACUCGGGCAUCGGCCCGCCUUGCAACGGACGGCCCGGACCGCUUAUUACUACGGCCGUUUUCCUGACGAGGCAAACCCGGAAACCGCGAAUGGCACAAAUGGCGAUGCCAUGGACUCCGACUCGGACGAGGACCCCGAGGUGCUCACUUCGCCGCGACCGACGACCAACUACGUGACGCAUCCCGCUCGAUCCUCGGCCGAGGAGGAGCAUCGCCUGCAGCUGGCGCGCCGGGUUGUCCGCAAAUGGAUGCGGCACACGGGUCUUCAACCCACGACACUCAACGCGAUGGAUGGUGAAGGGGAAUUCACCCCCGCCUGGACGUCAGGAAUCUCGCCUCGGCUCGAAGGACGAAUCGUCAUUGAAUAA